AUGGAAGAAGACGCGAUGGUAUCCCAGGAAGAGGUGGGGUCACUGGCCAGCGGCGAUCGUGGAGGUUUGUUAGUCGGCUCUGAGGACGAAAACAAUCUUGAAAAGUUCCCGUCAAAUCCACUCAACGAUGAAGGGCGAUUCCGCUGUGAAAAUCUAGAAAGGGACACAAGGGAGGAUAGUAGUGAACCUGUCCUGGCAUCUCAAGAGGACGGACCACUUGGGCGUGCCGCUUACGUUGCACUGGAAGAAUCCUUCGAUCAGACUCUCAAAGACUUGCCAGACGAUCCCAAUCUCAACGGCUUUCGACGCCAGUACGAAAAGCUGCUUGGCGCCCUCAAACGGUCGCACGAAAGUGAAAUGUCCCUUCUCGCAAGGCAGAUCGAGGCUACAGAGACAGAGCAUAUCAGCCAGGAGACAAAACUGGAAGAGUAUCUCCAGGAAAGAGAGAAGCUUCUUCGUGAAUGCGACCAGCUGGCCGCUCAUAAUGCACAGAUGUCAACCGACAACGAACACAUGGGUCGGUCGUUGGAGACUCUGGAACGGCAAGUGGCUGAAGCCCAGGACGAACUCAUACAGACCAAAGACGUUCUUCGGAUUAAGAAGCUUGAGGGCGACCAGGAGCAAAGGAGGCGUGAGAAGAUCGAGAAAGAGUUAAAGGACAUGAAGGCAUUGAUUGAACAGAAGCAGACGGAGAUACAUGGGAAGCAAGUGACGAUCGAACAACAGCAACAAGAGACUGAGCACCUUCAAGCUGUCGUCGCGAGCCUGCAAGCGGAAAAUGAAAAGGAAAACAAAAAAUUCAUGGAAAUUACUGGGCGCAUUAUGGAUACAGAGAAUCGUCUAAACGAACAAAUAAUCAAAAACAGCAAAAUGCAGGCUGCGAACAUAGCGAGGGAAGCAGAGCUGAGAGAUCAAGCGGAGGUUAUAAACAAACUGAAGGCGGACAAGGAGAAAGUGACGAAGAUGCACGACUUGUUGAAGCGGAAAAUACAGCAGACCGAGGACGACAGAAAGGCCCUCGACGAUCAGCAUGCCGGUAAGACUGGACAACUGGCCGAAGCAGACAAGAAGAACAUCGGCAAUCUUCUGAGAGAAAGGGAUCUGUUAUCGAAAAAUCUUCUCCGGACGGAUGACGCAACGAAGAAGCACGAAGAGGCGUUGAAGCGUCAUGAAGCUCAUGCGGUCCAAUUGCAACGAGAAGCCGAGCGCUAUCGAAAAGACAUUGAAACCCAGCAGGCGAAAAUCCGAGAGUUGGAGAGUCACCGCGACAAGAGCGGCGCCGAGCUCUCCAAAAUUAAUCAGAAAUACUUGGCGGUGUUAGAGGAGAUAAAGGGGGGAGACAACCAGGUGACUGAUCUGCAGAAAACAAUCACUGAACUGCGAAACAAGCUGGCGACCCAGAAGAGUCUUUACGAGUCCGUGCGGUCGGACCGCAACCUCUACUCUCGAAAUCUGAUUGAGUCUCUCGAUGAAAUCAGCGAGAUGAAGCAGAAAUUCAAGAUUUUGUAUCACCAGAUUGAGCAGCUCAAGGAGGAAGUGAAGCAAAAGGAUGCAAGUCUGAUCAAGGGCCACUUCGAACAACACAAAAUUAUAAAAGACAAUGAAAAAAUCACCAGUGAUCUCCACAGUGCGCAACACAAAUUGUCAUCUCUCCAACAAAUCGUUCUCAGUCAAAAUGAGAGAGAUAUGCUCGGCACGCAGCUGCUGCGUCGGAAUGAGGAACUCUCUUUGCUCUACGAGAAAAUCAAAAUCCAGCAGUCUACACUGCAAAAAGGCGAGGCUCAAUACAGAUUCGCGUGGCCUGUGCUUGGCUUGUUUUUGUCAACGUCAGAGAGGACCAAGGUCAAGGCUCUCAGCGAGAGCCUGGAGAACCCAAUGAAUGUGCACCGGUGGCGGCGCCUUGAAGGAAGCGAUCCUUCGAAGCUUGAAAUGCUCGCAAAAAUCCAAAGUUUACAGAAGCGCUUGAUUGCCAAAACGGAUCAGGUCAUUGAUCGCGAUCUGAUGAUUCAAGAAAAAGAGAAACUCUAUGUGGAACUCAAGACGAAGCUAGCGGCGUACCCUGGCCCUCAAACGGCGGAGCAGAUGCAAGUUUUCCAACGGACGUUGAGAGAGAAAACAGCGCAGCUGAAGGCAAUGACCUGUGAGCUCAAGACAUGUCACAAACAGGUGGUCCUGUACAAGGACGAGAUUGCGUGGCUAAACAGGGAAUUGGCGGCGAUUAAGACGAAGGACAUGGAAGAGAGGCGAAAAACUGCCUUGGGGGCUGUCGGGCGUAGCAGCAGUCUGAGAGACCCUGAGUCCGCAGCUCCGCCUCUGGACAGCACGCACUCCCGGGGCGCGGGAAAGCCGUCGUGUCUCCAAGUGCAUUCAUUUCACCCUCUGCAGGCAGUCCGCUCGACACGGCUCGCCGACACCCCACAGCAUGCCGGCGCUUCAGCAGCAAACGCCCACGGAGUUUGCCCUGCACAGAAGCCUCCCGCGUCUUCCUUUGUAGUGGAGGAAGGGGUUGGCGGAAACGCCGGAAAAGCGAGAACGCAUGCAGCCGGCAAUGAAGAAGAUUGGGAAGUGGAGAGGCCUCUGCAAACGGAUGCCGAAGGCUCUUCUGCUUUGGCCGUGCACCCCACUGUGCUAGAGAGCCAGCCUGGGCCAGUAGGGGAGCAUCAGGAAGCGGCGGAAUUGUCGAACGACAGCAUGGAACAGACGCCGAAGGUCCACAGCGGAAACAGCAACAAACACGAAACAGAAGAGGAGCGGGCUCAACUGGAAGUGACGAAAGUGGAGAGUUCGCCGGCAGAUGCUGCUGGGGGAUAG